AUGAAGUCGGCCUCCUUGCUCACAGCCGCCGUGCUGUUGGGCGGCGCAUCCGCCAAGGUCCACAAGUUGAAGCUUGACAAGAUCCCACUUGAAGAGCAGAUGAUCACACAGAACAUCGACGCCCACGUCCAGGCUCUCGGCCAGAAGUACAUGGGCGGUCACUCCAAGGUGGACGAGCUAUUCCAGGACACUUCCAUCAAGGAGAAGAGCCGUCACGAUGUCUUGGUUGACAACUUCCUGAACGCUCAAUACUUCUCCAAGAUCGAAAUCGGCACUCCUCCCCAGGAGUUCAAGGUUGUCCUUGACACUGGUAGCUCGAACUUGUGGGUUCCUUCGUCAGGCUGCUACUCCAUCGCCUGUUUCCUUCAUUCCAAAUAUGACUCCUCGUCUUCGUCGACAUACAAGAAGAAUGGCACCGAGUUUGCUAUUCAAUACGGAUCCGGCAGUCUCAGCGGAUUCGUUUCCCAAGACACUGUCAAGAUUGGUGACUUGAAGAUUGAGCACCAGGACUUCGCCGAGGCCACCGAGGAGCCCGGUUUGGCCUUUGCCUUUGGCAAGUUCGAUGGUAUUCUGGGAUUGGGCUUUGACACCAUCUCCGUCAAGCAGAUGGUUCCCCCAUUCUACCAGUUGAUCAACCAGGACCUCGUUGAUGAGCCCAUCUUUGCUUUCUACUUGGGUGACGCCAACAAGGACGGUGACAACUCCGAGGUCACUUUCGGUGGUAUCGAUGAGGACCACUUCACUGGCGAACUGACCACCAUUCCCCUCCGCCGCAAGGCUUACUGGGAGGUUGAAUUUGACGCCAUCACUUUGGGUGACCAGACCGCUGAGCUGGAGAACACCGGUGUCAUUCUGGACACUGGCACUUCCCUCAUUGCUCUUCCUUCCCAGCUUGCUGAGCUCCUGAACAAGGAGAUUGGUGCCACCAAGGGCUUUACCGGCCAGUACUCUGUCGACUGUGACAAGCGCUCCUCCCUGCCCGACCUCACCUUCACCCUGAGCGGCCACGACUUCACCAUUACUCCUUACGACUACGUCCUUGAGGUGUCUGGCAGCUGCAUCAGCACCUUUAUGGGUAUGGACUUCCCUGAGCCCACCGGCCCCUUGGCUAUUCUGGGUGAUGCUUUCUUGCGGAAGUGGUACAGCGUGUACGACCUUGGCAACAGCACUGUCAGCCUCGGCAAGGCCAAAUAA